GUUGACCACAAUGAUCACGCGAUCAGGACAGUCCUCAGUGAAUAUUAUCAUCAGGGCCCAACAAGGACCAACAUCAGGUACUGAGGAAAUGAUAAGAAGAAAAUCGGAUUUCACUAAAACAAUGUCCCGAUAUGCUGACUGUAUGCCAGCUAUUUUCAACCUUCUAUUUCGUGAGAUGUAUCGAUGGCGUUCACUGGAAAUCAUCAGUGAUACUUGGAUGCCGAUUUAUAGCGCCCUUCAACUUCUCAACGAGCGCAGGACAGAGGGCUCAAGCGCUCUGCGCCUUGAGUCCAUAAAGCUCAAGAGAACCAACGACCACCUCUCUCGCUUCUGGCUUUUCUGUCCAAGCAUGAUGAAGGUGGUGGAAGGGACCAUGUUUGCCGCUUUGAUUGGAGCUACCAGUCAAGAUGUCCCAGCGCAAUCCCCCCCCCUUCCAAAAUUGCGAAACAUAACUCUAUACGGCGUUCACCUGAACUGGACAAACUUCCUUCAUCAUACUCUUGGCGCAACCCCCAAUCGGUCACCUACCUUCAGUCACUCUAUCCAGUCGCUGGAGCUCUCCCAUCAUAGCGGAGAAGUCAGGCCAACAUCUGAUGAGUUUUCAGGGAUCCUUGAAGCUUGUCCUCGCCUGAAAAAUCUUGUGCUUAGGAUCUCUGGCUCGACGGCUGGACUUUCACGCCAGGUAUCACUUCCACUGCUGCAGCACCUGCACUACGGAUAUUCUUGUGUUGGAGAUGACGUCAGGCUAUUCAGCGGGCUUCAUGCCCCCAACCUGAUCAAGUUUUCCUUAGAGGGCCUACAUUUAUCUCGUACCACAUAUUCGCCUACCCAUGAGGAUGAUGGUGAAGAUUGCAAAGCUGACAUCCUUAUGAAAUACUGCGCAACUCAUCUCCCGUUUCCAAAAUUGCACGAAUUGUCACUCUACAAUGUCAACGCACCGGUGAAGACGUUCACUCUCUUCAUGGACACUAUUCCCACACUCCUUCAUCUGUCGCUACAUCGUACACCAAAUGCACUCCCGGCUCUGUUACCCAUCCAGAAGCCUUUGGCUGGUGCUGUUAUACCCUGCCCUGCCAUUGAGUCCAUCCACAUCUUCCCAAAAUCGCACAAGGACAGUCUUAUUGUUACAUUGGAGGAGCGCAGUAAAUGCGCCCCUAGAUUUACUGAGUGGCUAUGUGAAGAGAUGUUGGAGGGUGGAAUAAUGGUGUUUUUCAGUUGUUUGAGAGUUGCCUACUAGUACAACACUGUAGUGUCAGACUGUGCUUUGUGAUCGAACGUACCGUGUUUUGUAAUUGGCCAACAAUUACUUCCAAAGUCGACAACUCACUGCAGCAGUACCUACCGCGAAUGAUUGUGUUGUGACUGACGUCGGCAGCGAUUCGAAGGUGGGCCCCCUGGUAAAGCCACACAUUAGUUCGUCC